CGCAAACCUGUUCGUUCUAGUCCAGUUGAGAAAAGAAAAGAUGGGGGAUGCAUAACUUCUCACUAUGUGGCAGGAAGAAGCCAUUCACAACACUGACGGUAUCUGAGUCUGGAGCACUUUUUGGCAGAAAGAAGGGGAGGGGAAGGCUCGGCCGUAGAAUCGGGGUUGACUGCUCCUAUCAAACGGAGGCUGCUUGGGGAGACUGAGGAAAGCGAGAGCGAAAUAUUCACCUUUGCCUGUUGUAAAUUUACACUCACGCGGGUAAGCACGCAAAUCCACAAAGGUUCCAAAAGCAGUCUACCUCGGGGAGCACGAGACAAAUGAGUUGUGUGUGAAAGUACGCGCGCGACUGGACAUCAAAGCGAGGCUUUAGGUGUAGCAACCCGAGCUCCCCGUGAGGUGUUCCCCCACACGGCUGUGAGUAAGAGGGGUGGGGCGGCAGUGGUGGCCCUCCUGCCCAGGAAUUCCCCCCCCAACAAGUCACCUCACCGGAUGUGUGAUCAGCGCUGAACCCCCAUUUCCACCAUCUGCCUGGUUUUUGUUUUGCUCGACUGGAUCCGACUGGACCGUACCCUAGGAGUUGUAAUCACGCCUUUUGUGUCGUGGGGCUUUUUUUGGUGGACACAGUUCUGGAGAGUCGUCGUCGUCACAGAGCAGAGGUUUUCUCAGUAAAGCCGUGUGCCCACCAAAAAAGGAGCACCAGUUGUUUUUUCACCCUAGUCUGGCAGCUUGGCUGCACCCCUAAGCCAGAUGAAUGAAGACCCCAUUUGGGAAGAGCGCGGCGCAGAGAUCCCGAGCUGAUGCAGGCCACGCAGGUGUGUCUGCAAAUAUGAUGAAGAAAAAGAACUCGCACAAAAAACACAAGGCCACCCUGGGCCCCAGCAAGCCGGUGUCGCAGCCUCGGCGGAACAUCGUGGGCUGCCGCAUCCAGCACAUCUGGAAGGAGGGCAGCACGGCGUCGCAGUGGAAGGGCACGGUGCUGGACCAGGUGCCCGUCAACCCCUCGCUCUACCUGAUCAAGUACGACGGCUUCGACUGUGUCUACGGCCUGGAGCUGCACAAGGACGAGCGCGUGCAGGGCCUGGAGGUGCUUCCCGACAGGCUGGCCUCGUCGCGCAUCAGCGACGCGCACCUGGCGGACACGAUGAUCGGCAAGGCGGUGGAGCACAUGUUUGAGACGGAGGAGGGCUCCAAGGACGAGUGGCGGGGCAUGGUGCUGGCCCGCGCCCCCAUCAUGAACACCUGGUUCUACAUCACCUACGAGAAGGACCCCGUGCUCUACAUGUACCAGCUGCUCGACGACUACAAGGACGGGGACCUGCGCAUCAUGCCCGACUCUAACGACUCCCCGCCGGCGGAGCGCGAGCCAGGCGAGGUGGUGGACAGCCUGGUGGGGAAGCAGGUGGAGUACGCCAAGGAGGAUGGCUCCAAACGGACUGGCAUGGUCAUCCACCAGGUCGAGGCCAAGCCCUCCGUCUACUUUAUCAAGUUCGAUGACGACUUUCACAUUUACGUUUACGACCUGGUAAAGACCUCCUAGGCUGGCUGGACAGAAUUAUGGGCCUGGAUGGAUGGAUGGAUGGAAGGGCGGAUGGAUGUAAGGAGUGACGCAAUGUCUUCGGAGAGGAGGUCUAUUGUGUUCCAUUUGUCGUGGAGAUGGGAGAUGACUUUUCAUAACAAGAACAACAAAAAACAACAGAAGAUGAAAAAAACAAGAAAAUCCAUCAACCUUUUGCCAAACUUUUUUUGUGAAGCGUUUCAUUGUGACAUCCUUAUCAAGAGAUGGCGAUGGAGCGCUGUGCUGGAGCCUUUUUAGAUUGCCACUAAGUUGAGCAGCUGAUUGUUUUGGGAGCAGACGCAGGAGAGGCAGAAAUGGAGGGAGAGCUCUGUGUAGCACGACACUCAGCUGUCUCAGAGGAACACAAAGCUGAAGGAACUGAGCUCUUCUCAAGGCCGUGUAACCUUGAGCAAACCUUAACGAAGGGGAUCUCGCAGCUUAAUGACUUAUUAAGGAAAUAAUGGAGAGAAGGAGGAGGAGAGAGAAAAGGAGAUCUCAUGCCUGAUGAGACUUUGCACUCUGUGUAAUUAAGAGUCCACUCUUUGUCUUUGUUUCUCAUUGGGUAAAAUCUGGCCAAUGACUGACUAAAGCACUACCGGCAACCGUUGUCAGGGGUGUGGCCUCACAUCCACCUGGUUUCCAUGGUGUUCUGACUCGCAUUACCCAGUCACUCUUUAUCAGAGAUUUGAAAACAGUUAUUUAUCAUUGUAUGUUUAGUUUUUUUGUUUUUUUGUUGCCUUUGUUCUUGUUUUGUUUCAUUUUUUUGUGAUAUACAGACUGCAAAUCAUCCCAGCACUGGUCUGUUUUUCAUUCAUAAAGUUUUUCUUUUUUAAAACCUCUUUGUCCAUCUGAGCGUUGAGCAGACUACUCACUGUUCUGGUGUACUCAAAAGUUGCCGACCUACAAUUCUAUGCCGAAAGCAGCUUGAUGAAUGGCAGUUUUUGUCUUAAGCACUAAUGUCAAUGUUAUCUCUGUAAGAGGUAGAAUUGGAGCACUUGAAAAGUUGAUGCUACUCACUCUGUUUUAUUUUUGUUAUUUAAUCCAAAUUGGCCACUUUAAAUGCUUUUGGAAAUUCAAAUUGAAUGCAUAUUUUAUGUCUCUCAGUUGGUUUUUAUGUCUCUUAAAAACCCCUUUACCAUUUCAUCCAUGGAGAGAAAAAUAAUUUAAAUCGGUAACAAUCAUGUAAGUAGCACAAUGAUUAUUUGUAUAGGUUUUUUUUAUAAAAGUCAUGAUUCAUGCACAUUGUUUGCCUUUAAAAACAUGUUUUUACAUUACCAUUAGGUAUAUUUUGUCUUUACUAAAUUAAAAGGUUUGUUUUCAUCAUCUCAAACUGUUACUCAUACCUUCCAGUAGUAUUCAAACCACCAAAAACCUGUGUACGUAGUUUGUCAUUUCAGACCAUGGUCAUGUGACUUAGCUGACCACCAUUUAAAAGGCAAGUAUUUGGGACUCUGAUCCUCCUGUUUCCUCCGUUUUAGGCAUUUGUUUGAAAAGCCUUCUUAACUGUCCAUUUUGCCUCAAUUUGCGCCUAAACAGCCGUGCCUCAUGCUAUUGUGUCCUUGUGUAUGGUCAGUUAUUUAACGCUACAUCUACAUUCAUCCUCAACCAUUUAGCUUUUUUUUUUCCCACUCCUCCAACAGACAUUAGUGAGCUCUGUGGAUGGCCAGGGCCUCUUUGGAAUGUUACAAUUUUUCUUCGAGCUACCCAGCAGAGUCUCAACGUACACACACACACACACAGAGAGCGCGCACACACACACACACAGCGCGCGCGCACACACACACAGAGCGCACACACACACAGAGCGCACACACACACACAGCGCACACACACACACAGCGCACAUACACACACACACAGCGCACACACACAUACACACAGCGCACGCACACACACACAAACACCAGCACACACACACACCGAAGGAAAAGUCCCAGAUGUUCCUCAUUACCUCACAGAGUAGUGUUCAGCUCCUGGUGCACAUAUUGUACUGCCCGCCUGCCCGCCCAGCCCAGCCCAGUCCACCUUCUCUGUGACUCUGCACUUCAUGCACACCACAAGGUGCCCUCUCUCACAGUGCCCUGCUGUUGUGAUUUCAUCUUUCUUUUUUUGCUGCACCAGCAAACACAAACCAUGUUAUUCUUAACGUGUAACAAAGCAGAACUAAGAUGUUUUUGGCACACUUUGAAGUCUUCUUUUUUUGUUUGUUUGUUUUAAUUUUUGUUAUUGUAUCUCUCACCCAUGAUAUUUUAUUAGCUCUUAUUACUGUUUGAGACAACCCACUCUAGGCCCGAUGUAGCUCUCUGCUGUCAAGGAGGCCUACUGUGAGCUGAACCUGAGACUGCAGUUUCUAAAAAAGUUGGCAGAUUGCCUGACGAAACAAACAAAAAAGACUAAUUUGGAACGUUUGGAAACAGCAUGAAAAAACCUAUCAGUUACUUUUUUGAGCUGAAAAGGAGAACUAAGCGUGGUCAGAGCUGGUCCUUGCUACGCUGUUCAUCCAGUCAGUCAGGCAGGCAGCAGUCUUCACAGGGUCCGCUUCAGAGUGAGGCCUCCCUCUGUGGAGAAAUGAAGCAGCAGCAGUGUGUGUUUGUCUGCCCUGUGUGUGUUAAAUCAUUGCUGCCCAUCAUGGUUUUCUGUACUGAAUAUGCAGUGUCUUCAGCCAAUAGGCGUCAGUCCUAUUCCCAGUUAAACACCAUCUGUCCUUAUUCAGAGAACACAUUCAGUGCAAAUAAUUUGGGGGAAAAAAAGAGAGAAAAGAGACUCCUUCUGUGGACUGGCCUUUUACAUUUACCUACUGUAGUAUCGUACUGUGUUUUUGAUGUGGGUUCGACGUGGAAAGAUUCAAGACAAAAAAAUUGAAAGAGAAAAAACCUAAUUCUAGACCCUUCUUUUUUGCAUGAGUAGAAGCUGUGUAAAUGUAAGUUUAGUGUGAUGCAUGUGUUUUUUGUCUCCAUUUCAGUUACCUGUUCCCGAGAAAAAGGAAAUCAGAUUUUUUAUGUUGUAUUGCUAAUUGUGGAAGGUCCCUUUUUAUUAUUUGUUUGCAAUUUCUUUCAAAAGAGAAAGAAAAAAAAACAAUAACAGAAGUAUUUUUUAUUUUGUUUUGUACUAUGCGCUAUAGAAUCAAAUGCACUGGUGUGUCUGUCAUGUAGAGUGCCAACAGAGGAAUGGGGUUCCAGUGUUAACACAGCAUUUGAGGGAUCAUAUCUUUUACACACUGCUCCAACUCUACACAAAAAUACGAGUUAUUUAUAUGUAUGUAUCCUUUUACCAGUGCCAUAACGAAAAAAUCAUCUUAAAAGAUUAAGAACAGCCUUAUGUGAUGAUGGGUGUGUAGAGAGAAUCGAAGAAUGAAAACUGUGUAUUCAGAUCUUAUAUGAAGGGUGUAUGCAUGGGUGUGCGUAUGUUAUUGAGUCCUUCUAAUGACAUAUCGGAUUAAACAGUGUACAUUUUCACAAACAAUAAGCAUAAAGUGGAUAAUUAACUAGGGAUGUUAAGGUUUCAUUUACAAUAAUGAUUGUGUGAAGCGUAUUACAGUAUAAUGCAUAUGGUCCCUUUGAGAUGCUGUUCUUUGAAUACAUUGUAAAAAACAGUGCAAUUUGAUGGUCAGAGAUACAUGUAUAGUUGCUUCUCUCUUCGAGCUAGCUAUAUAGCUUCUAUUGGACCAUUUUCUUUUUUUUGUCGUCGUUUUCAAAACAUGUAGAUACUCCCAUUUUAUUUGCAUUUAGAGGUAUAAACACAUUUUAAAAAACUUACUUAAUUCUGUAAGUAAUUUUUAUAAUUAUUAUGUAAGUCUAUCCUUAUAACAUUAAAAAAUAAAAACGUUAUGUGACAUUGUGUACUCAUGUUUUUGCAAAUAAAAUGCUGUUUUAUUA